AUGAAGCUUGAUACUAGUGGGUUCGAGACAUCCAUGCCUAUGAUUGGAUUUGGCUCGAGCAGCGAUAUGCUUGAUGGGUUUUCUUCUGUGCCCUCUUUUGAUCUUCCCCGCACAACAGAUUUUGAUGGAUUUCAGAAAGAAGCUGUACAGAUGGUGAAGCCUGCAAAAGGAACAACCACACUUGCUUUUAUCUUCAAAGAAGGUGUCAUGGUCGCUGCUGAUUCUCGGGCUAGCAUGGGAGGAUAUAUCUCCUCACAAUCAGUGAAGAAGAUUAUCGAAAUCAAUCCUUAUAUGCUUGGUACAAUGGCUGGAGGAGCUGCUGAUUGCCAAUUCUGGCACAGAAAUCUUGGAAUUAAGUGCCGUCUGCAUGAGCUGGCAAACAAGAGGAGAAUCUCCGUUUCUGGAGCUUCCAAACUUCUUGCAAACAUGCUCUAUUCAUACCGUGGAAUGGGACUUUCUGUCGGCACAAUGAUUGCUGGAUGGGAUGAAACUGGUCCUGGACUGUACUAUGUUGACAACGAAGGAGGACGGCUCAAGGGAGACAGGUUUUCAGUUGGUUCUGGUUCACCAUAUGCUUACGGUGUACUUGACAGCGGGUACAAAUAUGAUAUGACAGUUGAAGAAGCUUCUGAGUUAGCAAGGAGAUCAAUCUACCAUGCCACAUUCCGUGAUGGAGCCAGUGGUGGAGUUGCUAGCGUGUACCACGUUGGCCCUAAAGGAUGGAAGAAACUAUCAGGAGAUGAUGUUGGGGAGCUGCACUAUCACUACUACCCUGUGGCACCAGCCACCGCGGAACAAGUCAUGGAGGAAGCGGCCGCCGAGUAG